GCCAUCAUAAGUAGCAUUAUAGCGUGUAUUGAAUUAUAAAAGUCUUAUUUAUAAAUAAAUAAAUAAUUAAAUGUCAAUUUUAUUAUAUGUAAUAUUUUUAAAAGAAAUAUAAAAAUUUUGGACUAAUGUAUUUUUGAUAAAUCGUAUAAACUUCCUCAGUAAAAGUGAACGCAAACUGAGGAAUCUCAAGAUAGCUACAAACGCUACUUAGUUAAUUCAUAAAAAAUAUAUUAUUACUCUUUACUUCGUUUAAUUUAAAAAAAACAAACGCAAAAAUGGAUGUAGAUCAAAGGAUAAAAGAUAUGGAACGAGAGUAUCUGGAUUUCUUGGAUGAUGCUGAAGAUCAAGGGAUUUAUUCAAAUUUAGUGAAGAACAUGAUUGAGGAAAAUAAAUAUCGGCUUUAUGUCAAUAUAAAUGAUUUGAGACGGAAAAAUCCUCAGCGAGCUCUCAAUUUACUUGAGAAUUCAUUUGAAGAACAAAUGGCUUUCCAAAAUGCAUUAAAACAAUUCGUUUCUACAUUGGACACUGACUAUGCUAAAGGAAAUGUUGAUUUUUUUAUUGGAUUCGAAGGAAGUUUUGGUAAUCGUCAUGUUACACCAAGAACGUUGAUAUCUAGAUUCUUGUCCAAUCUUGUGUGUGUUGAAGGAAUUGUUACAAAAUGUUCAUUGGUAAGACCUAAAAUAGUCAGGAGUGUCCACUACUGUAGCGCUACCAAGAGUGUAAUGGAGCGAGCGUACACGGAUUUGACAUCAUAUGACGCUUUUCCUGGAUCAGCUGUUUAUCCUACUGCUGAUGCUGAUGGUAAUCCAUUGGAAACAGAGUUUGGUUUGUCAACUUACAAAGACCAUCAGACUAUUUCAAUUCAAGAGAUGCCUGAGAAGGCACCAGCUGGACAAUUGCCACGAAGUGUUGAUAUUGUUUGUGAUAAUGAUUUAGUUGAUUUAUGUAAGCCAGGAGACAGAGUCCAGGUUGUUGGUAACUAUCGUUGUCUUCCAGGAAAACAAAAUGGAUAUACCAAUGGUACUUUUAGAACUAUUUUGAUUGCUAAUAAUAUCACUCAAUUGAGUAAAGAAGCGACACUUUCAAUAUCACACGACGACGUGGCCAUGUGUAAAAAAUUAGCAAAGCAUAAUCCACGUAAAGAUAUAUUCGAAUUACUCAGUAGAUCACUGGCUCCUUCAAUCCACGGUCACGAGUACAUAAAGAAAGCAAUUCUCUGUUUACUUCUCGGUGGUGUAGAGAAGAUUCUUCCAAAUGGAACACGACUUAGAGGAGACAUAAAUAUUUUACUGAUCGGUGAUCCAUCGGUAGCCAAAUCUCAGCUACUGCGUUACGUUCUCUGUACAGCGCCACGAGCCAUCCCAACAACAGGUCGAGGAUCAUCAGGUGUAGGUUUGACUGCAGCUGUCACAUCUGACCAGGAAACCGGUGAAAGAAGACUCGAAGCCGGUGCUAUGGUGCUCGCUGAUCGAGGAGUGAUUUGUAUUGAUGAGUUCGAUAAGAUGUCUGACAUUGACAGGACAGCCAUUCAUGAAGUUAUGGAACAAGGAAGAGUUACAAUAGCCAAGGCUGGUAUUCACGCGAGUUUGAAUGCCCGCUGCUCCGUUUUAGCUGCUGCUAAUCCAGUAUACGGAAGAUACGAUCAGUACAAAACGCCGAUGGAGAAUAUAGGGCUUCAAGAUUCAUUGCUAUCGCGUUUUGAUUUGCUGUUCGUUAUUUUGGAUAUCGUUGACUCGGAGCAGGAUAACAUCAUCAGUGAUCAUGUUGUCAGAAUGCACAGAUACCGCAAUCCAAAUGAACAAGACGGCGAAGCUUUGCCUUUAAAUAGCAACCUUGAGAUACUGAGUACGAAAAAUCCUGACGCUGUUGAUGCUGAAGAGACUGAGAGUCCAGUCUACGAAAAGUAUGACCCCCUAUUACAUGGAAAGUCCCGUUCUAAAACUGAUCAAAUACUCAGUAUUAAAUUUAUGCGUAAAUAUAUUCACAUUGCCAAGUGUAUGAAGCCCAAGUUGACUGAGGAAGCGAGCAAGACAAUUGCCGACGAGUACUCACGUCUUCGAUCAGAAGACAUGGUCGAGUCAGAUGUAGCGAGGACUCAGCCGAUAACAGCACGUACUCUAGAGACAUUAAUUCGUUUAUCAACAGCUCAUGCUAAGGCGCGUCUAUCUAAAAACGUCACCGUUGACGAUGCGAAUGCUGCUAUCGAACUAGUCCAGUUCGCUUACUUCAAACGAGUGCUAGAGAAAGAGAAAAAGAAACGCAGAAGACGCGAAAGUGAGAUGAGUGCUGACGGUGAUACUGAAGAAGAGCCCAGGCAAACGAAACGCAGCAGAAAAGAACGCGCCGCUCCCGGUGAACCUGGACACGAUCCUUACGAAUACGACAGCGACGACGAUUCUCACGUUGACGAAGCGGUCAGAAAAGUAACGCGCUCUCAAACUGCCACCCAGGAAACUCCCAUCCUAGAAGAAAAUGAGACACCUGUUGCUGCUGAAGAAGACACAGAACCAGCAGUUAUUACUGAUGGUCGACUCCAAUCAUUCCAGAGCUUACUCCAUAAAUUAUUCCAACAGCAACGCUCGCAAACUCUUGCUCUCGACAAAGUAAAAGAGUUUGUUAAUAACAAUCAAAGUCCCGAGUUCACUGCCGGAGAAAUAAAAGCUGCUUUACACAAAAUGACUGAAAAUAAUCAAAUAAUGCUUGCAGAUGACCAAGUCUUUCUUAUUUAAUUUAAUUCUUUUUUUUUUUAAUGAAUUUUUUACUUGUUCUCUCUCAAUCAAAUAUUAUAAUUAACAUGUAUUGUAAUUGUAUUAAGAAACGCCUAGAUUUUAAAGUUAAUUCAACUUACCAAUAAAAAAUUUUUAUAAAAUUUUUAAUAAACAAU